CGCGUACGCACUCAAAGCGGACUCCUGCGCAGCGCGCGCUUAAAGGAUCUACGGAUUAUUCUUAAUUUAAAAAUGCGAUUAGAUUAAAUACAUCGUUCUAUCGCAUUCACACAUAUCGAACUCGGGUGAAAUGUAGCGAGUGCGCAAAGACCAAUAUUGAUAUUUUACUAAUAUUGUUUUAUGCAAUUGUGAUAAUGUGGUAUAUUGUUUUGUGUCUGUUUAUUCUGCCUAUGCCGUAUGCGGACGGCUCAAUGGCAGAUGAAAUGGCUGAAACGAUGCAGCUGUGCUGUAAACAAGGAACGACGUACGCUCGAAACCAUACAGUUGAAGAAUGUUCAUCUUCAAUACCCCCCCACGUAGCACCCUCCUUCGACUCGCUGUGUAUCUUCGCGAUGGAUCAGUGCUGUAAAGAAUAUUUUACGAAGAAAAUCGACUGCGACAAAGGGGUCGAUGUGGCGAAGGGUUCGAAACAUUGCGGAUCAACAAAAGAUUCGGUGAAGAAAUGCUGCGAUCAAUGCAGGUCUGGAGUCGUUAUAGGCAAAACACGCGGGGCGAGCUCGUGUUCCGUGACAAUACAAGGCAAUAGCGCUGAGCAAAUAUUAGCUGGAGAGGCCUUCGCACAAUGCUGCAAGGACGCAGUUAACGAUGAUACAACUCCAAGAGAAAAUAAGCAAAAUUCUGUCACACAGUCCAAGCCAGUUGAGAAAGAUUCGACGUUUAUACCGUCAAUAUGUGAAGAGUACGCACCGAAUGAAUUGUGCGCUCAUCAUUGUAUUUCUGUCCCCGGUUCCUACAAGUGCGAAUGUAACCCUGGGUUCAUGCUAAUGCCCGAUGGAAGGAACUGUAAAGAGGUUACAAAAAACAGGUGCAAACCGCAUAACCCAUGUAAACACAAAUGCAACGAUAACGGUAUAGAAGUUAAAUGUUCCUGUAGGAGAGGUUAUCAGCUCAUGUCUGAUGGAAAGUCAUGUGAAGAUAUCGACGAAUGUACCUUGAACCCACCCGUGUGCUUACCAAAUACCCAGUGUUUUAACAUCCAGGGCUCGUACAAAUGUAUUCCCGAUAAGCACCCAAAAAUAAAUCAUGAAAAAGGCCAGUGUCCUCCAGGAUUUGCAAAAAAUCUUUUUAAUAAUGCCUGCGACGAUAUAAACGAAUGCAAGUUGCCCUCGCCACCUUGUCCAAGCUACCUCUGUGAGAACACCAUCGGUGGGUAUAAGUGUGGUGGAGUCUCGGGAGAUCCAAUGAAGUUGAAUAAUAAGCCCAGACUUCUCCCCGAUGAUAGAUGCCCACCUGGAUUUAAAGGUGGAUUAAAUGAGGAAUGCGAAGAUAUUGACGAAUGUGUAAUCGGUAAAGACGAUUGCAACAAACUGUCGCAAUUCUGCAUAAACACGAGGGGAUCAUUUCACUGCCAAGACAAAGGUUCAAAGCACUGCCCGCCUGGUUUCAAAACCAAUUCCAUCACUAAUAAAUGUGAAGAUAUCAAUGAGUGUGAAGAUGGCCAGGACAUUUGUAAACAUGAUCAGAUAUGUGUCAAUGUUCUUGGAGAAUACGAUUGCAAGCCAAAGGUGGACUUAAGCAAUUCCAAAAACAAAUGUCCUGAUGGCAUGCGACGAAAUCCAGCAUCAAAGCAAUGUGAUGACAUAGAUGAGUGUGUAGAAGGGACGCACAUGUGUGAUCAAUACCAGAACUGUCUGAAUACAAACGGCAGUUAUGCAUGCAAUUGUAAGGUUGGUUUUAACCUGGAUCCCAGGACCAGAGCCUGUGUUGAUAUAAAUGAAUGUGCAACCGAUCAAAAUACCUGUAUUCCGGACUCCCAGCGCUGUGAUAACACUGUCGGCUCAUACUUGUGCAUUAGAUUGUUGUCCUGUGGGACGGGAUACAUCAUACAUCAUUCUUCUAGCAACUGUGAAGAUAUUGACGAAUGCGCUCUGGGUACACAUAACUGCGCCCGUGCGGGUCCUGAGUACCAGUGCGUCAACAUUCCCGGAUCUUUCCGCUGUCAGAAACCCACGCCAGCACCGCCCGAAUACGAAUAUGAAUACUAUGACUCCGAAGAAGAAAUCGAGGAAGGAGAUAAAAACACAACUGAAACUGAAAUUAUAACAACUACUACUCCUACCCCUACUACAACUGAAACUAAAACUACACCAACUCCUAAAUCUACUACAGAACAUACACCUGAAGAGCCUAAAAUCACACCAGCAGAGGAAAACUUUGAUAAUAGUAUUAAUUUAAACACGAUUAACGAGGAAGAAAAACCAGAACCAGCGUUUAAUUAUCCCAAACCAACUGAACCUACAUCACAAGAACCGAAUAAAUUCAAAGAAACUACUCCUGAGACAUCGUAUUAUCCUAUUAGACCUGAAUUACCACAAGAACCUAGAAUUGAACCUCCUGCUUACCGACCUACCCAGCCUAGCUAUGAACCAACGGAACCUACCAGACCCCCUGAAACUAUAACUGAACAUAAAGAAUUAGAAUACUAUACUGUAUCAUAUCCUAAAGUUACUGAAACUACAUAUAGUCCUCUACCAGAAAGACCGACAUCGCCUAAAUUUGUAUUUGUGAAUUAUAGUGAAGAAACAGCGACAGUCGUAGGACAUAAAAAAAAUGAUGGAUCAGUAUUAGUAGAUACUAGUAAUGUACCGAAAAAUGAAUGGACCAAAAUUAAUGAAAGACCUACAGAUUGUCAAGUAGGCUUUGAAAUGGAUACGUACGGUGCUUGUUUUGACAUUGACGAAUGCGCUACAAAUCGCCACAGCUGUUCAGGCUUAACAGAAACAUGUCGUAACACAAUGGGAGGCUACUUGUGCGAUUGCGCUUUUGGCUUCAGGAGGGAUUUGCCAACAGGAGCCUGCGUUCUUAUUACCAGCUCAUCAUCUACCACCACUAGUACAUCUACAAGUACUACUACUAGUACAACUACCAGUACAACUACACCAGCUCCGACAACAUCGAGCACUAAAAGCUACUUUUGGGGAUAUCCAGAUCAACGUAGUAUGAUUUCAAGACCAUUCAGACCAAGAAACAUUUGCGAUGUCGGAUAUCACUUAAAUUCUCAAACCGGAAAAUGUGAAGAUAUUAAUGAAUGCACAAACGGCCAAGCCAAUUGUGCUUCAGUUGAAAUUUGUAUCAACACCGAAGGUGGCUAUCGAUGCGAGUGCCUGCCCAACUGGAGAUUAGAUCCAGAGAGACACAGGUGUGUGCCUGUCAGGAACAAGGGCAAAUUCCCACCCGGUUAUAGUAAUAUACCUGCUUAUCCUCGUGUUGACCCUAAGAAUAUAAUCCCUGGUACAAAAGGCGGUAGAAAGAUCGCUAACCCUGAAAUCACACAAAUCGAGGACAGAGGAUCAGUGUACAAAUGUCCCUGGGGAACUAAACUCGGAGAUGAUAAGACAUGCGAAGAUAUAGACGAGUGUGCCACAGGAGAAGCUCAAUGCGGUCCCUUGCAAAUAUGUACCAACUUACCAGGCGGGUAUACAUGUAGCUGUCCGGUAGGACAUAAACUAAUUGGUGAUCAUCAGUGCGAAGAUGUGGAUGAGUGUUCUUUAGGUGGCAGUGUGCCUGUCUGUUCACAACACGGAGACUGCGUGAACACAGUGGGUUCAUAUCAGUGUCAAUGUCAUCAAGGAUUCACGUCAGCACCAAUUAAUGAUAAGAUAUGCGUGGACGUGGAUGAGUGCGUAGAGUCUCGUCCAGGCACAUUGUGCGAGCAGCGCUGCAAUAACGUGUGGGGCACGUACCGCUGUGGCUGCCACCGAGGCUACCGUCUCAACAAGGACAACCGCACUUGCUCUGAUGUUGACGAAUGUAUGGAGUUCAAGCACAAGAACCUGUGCAUCGGUCGUUGUCUCAAUGAGCCCGGCAGCUACCGCUGCACCUGUCCGCCAGGAUACAGGCUGUCUGAAGAUAAGAGGAGCUGUAUUGAUAUCGACGAGUGUGAGACGGGUGCGGCCCCAUGUGCACACGGUGCGCAGUAUGAGGGCGCCAGUGAUGUUUGUCUUAACACGCGUGGUGGUUACCGUUGUCAUCGUAUCACAUGCCCACCAGGAUACCAGCUCGAGAGCAAACAUCGGUGCUCGAUUAUUCAAACCUAUUGCCCUCCCACCGACUGGGAGUGCUCACACAAGCCAAGUACUUACUCCUACAACUUUUUCACGUUCGUCUCAAAUCUCUACAUACCUGAAUCUAAAGUGGAUCUGUUCACAAUGCGAGGUCCGCCGUGGACGCACGCACGUAUGGUGUUCCAGCUACGCAUCGUACAAGUAGACGCUCCACCCUCAGUCGCUGAGAAGGCUGAUAUUAACGCCUUCCUAUUAAUUCAGACCGGUAAUCAAGCUGUGACGUCACUCGUUCGGCCUCUUGAAGGACCACAGAGUAUAGAACUGGAAUUGUCUAUGACGCUUUAUAACGGAGAACAGUUCGGAGGCAUUGCUGUUGCCAAAUUAUAUAUUUAUGUAUCGGAAUAUGAGUUUUAGAUAUACUAUAAUAAAAUUUUAAAUUGUU